UGUGACUCAUUCCAGGAUCAGUUCAGUUGCGUCUCAGUGGGUUUUGUUCAGACUGCAGAAUCUUCAGCUUCAACUCUUUGGACUGUUUGAAGAAACUAUGAAGGUGUGUGUGUGAGCUGAUGUGGACGUGAAUUCAGCAGAAUGGACCAGUGUGAGGACGGAGAGGAGGGAGUCCCUCCCUCUAAAACCUCUCUGUGUGAGGAACAUGAGAGUCAGAGCAAAGAUCAGAGGAAUCAACCUGGACCUGGACCUGGACCUGGACCUGGACCUGGACCUGGACCUGGACCUGGACCUGGACCUGGACCUGGACCUGGACCUGGACCUGGACCCGGACCUGGACCCGGACCUGGACCCGGACCUGGACCCGGACCCGGAUCCGGACCCAGCUGUGUGUCCUUGAAGAGCGACAAGUCAAUAGACUUUUAUAUUAACUUCAAAGGAGAGCAACAUUCUGCUGUAAAUAGGGUCCAUCAGAAAGGAAACUCUCUUGAACAUGAACCCAGCUGUUUGUCCUUGAAGAGUGACCAGUCAAAUGACUGGUCCAUUAACUUUAAAGGAGACCAACAUUCUUCUUCAGAGAGAGUGGACCAGCAGAUCUCAGAGUCCCCCAGCGGUCCGUCUGUCCAGCAGCAUCAGACACAGCUGGACUCCAUCUUUCAGCUGCUGGAGGACAACAUUGUCCUGUUUGUGAAGAACGAGCUGAAGAAGAUCCAGAGGGGUCUGAGUCCAGAUUACCCAGAAUCCCUAGAGCAUCUGUUGGAGGGUGAGGAUGAAGAGCAGAGGAGCAGCAGAGAGGCGUUUGUGAAGAUCACAGUGAACUUCCUGAGGAGAAUGAAGCAGGAGGAGCUGGCUGAGCGUCUGCAGAGCAAUGUUUCUGCUGCAGGUUGUAGAAAGCGGCUGAAGUCUAAGCUGAAGAAGAAGUGCCAGUGUGUGUUUGAGGGGAUUGUUAAAGCAGGAAACCCAACCCUUCUGGAGCAGAUCUACACAGAGCUCUACAUCACAGAGGGAGGGACUGGAGAGGUCAACGAUGAACAUGAAGUCAGACAGAUUGAAGCAGCUUCCAGGAAACCAAACAGAGCAGAAACAGCCAUCAGACAGGAAGACAUCUUUAAACUCCCACCUGGAAGAGAUGAACCAAUCAGAACAGUGAUGACGAAGGGAGUGGCCGGCAUCGGGAAAACAGUCCUAACACAGAAGUUCACUCUGGACUGGGCUGAAGGCAGAACCAACCAGGACAUCCAGUUCCUGCUUCCAUUCACCUUCAGAGAGCUGAUUGUGUUGAAAGAGAGAAAGUUCAGCUUGGUGGAACUUGUUCAUCACUUCUUCACUGAAACCAGAGAAAUGUGCAGCUUUGAAGAAUUCCAGGUGGUGUUCAUCUUUGACGGUCUGGAUGAGAGUCGACUUCCUCUGGACUUCCACAACAAUGAGGUCCUGACUGAUGUUACAGAGUCCACCUCAGUGGACGUGCUGCUGACAAACCUCAUCAGGGGGAACCUGCUUCCUUCUGCUCGUCUCUGGAUCACCACACGACCCGCAGCAGCCAAUCAGAUCCCUCCUGAGUGUGUUUCCAUGGUGACAGAGGUCAGAGGGUUCACUGACCCACAGAAGGAGGAAUACUUCAGGAAGAGGUUCAGGAACAAGAAGCAGACCAGCAGGAUCAUCUCCCACAUCAAGAGAUCACGGAGCCUCCACAUCAUGUGCCACAUCCCAGUCUUCUGCUGGAUCACUGCUACGGUCCUGGAGAACGUCCUGGAGAAAGUCCUGGAAAUCAGAGAGGGAGGGAAGCUGCCCAAGACCCUGACUGAGAUGUACAUCCACUUCCUGGUGGUCCAAGCCAAACUGAAGAGGGUCAAGUAUGAUGGAGGAGCUGGGACAGAUCCACACUGGAGUCCAGAGAGCAGGAAGAUGGUGGAGUCUCUGGGAAAACUGGCUUUUGAGCAGCUGCAGAAAGGAAACCUGAUCUUCUAUGAACCAGACCUGAGAGAGUGUGGCAUCGAUGUCAGAGAGGCUUCAGUGUACUCAGGAGUGUUCACCCAGAUCUUUAGAGAGGAGAGCAGCCUGUACCAGGACCAGGUCUUCUGCUUCAUCCAUCUGAGUGUCCAGGAGUUUCUGGCUGCUCUUCAUGUCCAUCAGACCUUCAUUAAGUCUGGAGUCAACCUGCUGGAGGAACAAAGAAACACCUCCAGGUGGUUUAAAACCAGAGCCGUGACUGACCUCCAUCAGAGUGCUGUGGACAAGGCCUUACAGAGUCCUAACGGACACCUGGACUUGUUCCUCCGCUUUCUCCUGGGUUUUUCACUGGAGACCAAUCAGACUCUCCUACGAGGUCUGUUGGAACUAAAAAAAAGAAGUUCACAGAACAAUCAGGAAACAGUUAAAUACAUCAAGAAGAAGAUCAGUGGGGAUCUGUCUGCAGAGAGAAGCAUCAACCUGUUCCACUGUCUGAAUGAACUGAAUGAUGGUUCUCUGGUGGAGGAGGUCCAACGGUACCUGAGGUCUGGACGUCUCUCCACAGAUAAACUGUCUCCUGCUCAGUGGUCGGCGCUGGGCUUCAUCUUACUGUCAUCAGAAGAUCUGGAGGUGUUUGACCUGAAGAAGUUCUCAGCUUCAGAGGAGGUUCUACGGAGGCUGCUGCCGGUGGUCAAAGCCUCCAAGAAAGUUGUGUUGAGUGACUGUAACCUCUCAGGGAACAUCUGUGCACUUCUGUCCUCAGUUCUCAGCUCUCAGUCCUCCAGUCUGACAGAACUGGACCUGAGUAACAACCACCUGCAGGAUUCAGGACUGAAGCAGCUGUGUCCUGGACUGGAGAGUCCACACUGUCACCUGGAGUCUCUCAGGUUGAGUGGCUGUAACCUCUCAGAGGACAUCUGUCCACUUCUGUCCUCAGUUCUCAGCUCUCAGUCCUCCAGUCUGACAGAACUGGACCUGAGUAACAACCACCUGCAGGAUUCAGGACUGAAGAAGCUGUGUCCUGGACUGGAGAGUCCACACUGUCACCUGGAGUCUCUCAGGUUGAGUGACUGUAACCUCUCAGAGAACAUCUGUCCACUUCUGUCCUCAGUUCUCAGCUCUCAGUCCUCCAGUCUGACAGAACUGGACCUGAGUAACAACCACCUGCAGGAUUCAGGACUGAAGAAUCUGUGUCCUGGACUGGAGAGUCCACACUGUCAACUGGAGUCUCUCAGGUUGAGUGACUGUAACCUCUCAGAGAACAUCUGUCCACUUCUGUCCUCAGUUCUCAGCUCUCAGUCCUCCAGUCUGACAGAACUGGACCUGAGUAACAACCACCUGCAGGAUUCAGGACUGAAGAAGCUGUGUCCUGGACUGGAGAGUCCACACUGUCACCUGGAGACUCUCAGGCUGUCAGGCUGUCUGAUCUCAGAGGAAGGAAGUGCUUCUCUGGUCUCAGCUCUGAGCUCCAACCCCUCCCACCUGAGAGAGCUAGACCUGAGCUACAACCAUCCAGGAGAGUCAGCAGGGAAGCUUCUGUCUGGACUGGAGGAUCCCCGCUGGAGACUGGACACUCUCAGGGUGGAGCCUGCUGGACAACGAUGGUUGACACCAGGUCCGUGGAAGUAUUCCUGUCAACUCACCAUCGACACAAACACACUCCACAACAACAUCAAACUGUCUGACAACAACAGGAAGAUGACACGUGUGAGGGAGGAUCAGUCAUAUCCUGAUCAUCCAGACAGGUUUGAUGAUCCUCCUCAGCUGCUGUGUAGAGAAGUUCUGAUGGGUCGAUGUUACUGGGAGGUCCAGAGGAGAGGAGGAGUUUCUGUAUCAGUGAGUUACAGAAGAAUCAACAGGAAAGGAAGGUCUAAAGACUGUGGGUUUGGAUGGAACGAUCAUUCCUGGAGUCUGGACUGUUAUGAUGGUUGGUACCAUGUCCGUCACAAUAACAUAGUAACAUCUUCCUCCUCCUCUCCCUCAGUCUCUGACAGAGCAGCAGUGUACGUGGACGUUCCUGCUGGAACUCUGUCCUUCUACAGCGUCUCCUCUGACAGACUGAUCCUCCUCCACACCUUCAACACCACAUUCACUGAACCUCUAUGUCCUGGGUUCGGGUUCUAUCGUGGUUCUUCAGUGUCUCUGAAACUUGGAAACUUCUUCCUCUUCCGGUCCUUAAAAGGUGGAUGCUGCCGUUAUUCCAGGAUCCACAUGUUGUUCUUCUGUCUGUUUCCAGUCAGAGCUUCACAGUGAACAGC